CUUCCUCACCCCUAUCGCCCCUAAUUUUAUGAAGUUGCGAACGCUGCCUUAGCGUAAAGAAGCCGAAACCCUCCCCAGUCCCCACCAAGCCAACAGUGGGAAGAAAUUCCGGUCGGUACGGGAGAGAGAGAGAGAGAAUGGCGUCGUCGUCAAGCAGCGGGCUGACGUUCAAGCUCCACCCGCUGGUAAUCGUCAACAUAUCCGAUCACUACACGAGAGUCAAGUGUCAGUUGCAGCCGCCUCUCUCCGCCACCGCCAACGGCGGCGAAGGCCCCGCCUCGCCCCCGCCUCGGGUCUUUGGCUGCGUCAUCGGCGUCCAGAGGGGGCGGACGGUCGAAAUCUUCAACAGUUUCGAGCUCCUUUACGACCCGGCCACGCUCUCGCUCGAUCGAGCCUUCCUCGAGAAGAAGCAAGAUCUUUACAAGAAAGUGUUUCCCCACUUCUAUAUACUGGGAUGGUACUCUACUGGGAGUGAAGCCCAAGAAUCAGAUAUGCAUAUACAUAAAGCUUUGAUGGAUAUUAAUGAAAGCCCUGUUUAUGUUCUUCUAAAUCCUUCAAUCAAUCAUGCACAGAAGGACCUGCCAGUGACUAUCUAUGAAAGCGAGCUGCACGUCAUAGAUGGAAUUCCGCAACUUAUUUUUGUCAGUUCAAGCUACACUAUUGAGACAGUAGAAGCAGAGCGGAUCUCAGUUGACCAUGUUGCCCACCUUAAACCAUCUGAUGGAGGUUCAGCUGCAACUCAAUUGGCUGCUCACCUUACAGGAAUGCACAGCGCCAUCAAGAUGUUGAAUAGCAGAAUCAGAGUGCUUCACCACUAUCUUCUUGCUAUGCAGAAAGGUGACAUUCCUUGUGAAAAUUCUUUGCUUAGACAAGUGUCUAGCCUCUUGAGAAGAUUGCCGGCCAUUGAAUCAGAGAAAUUUCAAGAUGAUUUCUUGAUGGAAUUCAAUGAUACUUUGUUGAUUACUUACCUGGCCAUGUUGACCAAUAGCUCAAGUACAAUGAAUGAGCUGGUUGACAAAUUCAACACUGCAUAUGAUAGGCACAGCAGAAGGGGAGGAAGAGCCACUUUUUUCUGAAACUUGUUCCAUAUUUCCCAUUUACCCUGCACAUUUUGAGAUGGAUCACUAGUAGCAGCUGCCCUCCUUUUGAGAUGGAUCACUAGGACAUAGUAAGUUCAGGAUUUUCUGAAUGAGCAUAUACUAAGUGAAAUCUAGCUGGGUGUUUUCUUUUCUUGAGUUUUCAAAUGGCUGACCCGGCAAACUUAUGUCUAAAGAUGGUGCUUUUUAUUUUUUUUUAGGUCCUAGAAUUUGGAAUUGCUUGAAAUGUAGUAACAGUUAAAAAGUGUUCCCAUUCCAACCGGUAAAUUACAUGAAGAUCAAGGUAUUCAAAGCA